AUGAGUGACCCUACAGGAGAUUUCGGCCUUAUCGGGCUGGCUGUUAUGGGUCAAAACCUGAUAAUGAAUGUUGCUGACCACGGCUUCAAUGUUAUUGCUUACAAUCGUACAACUUCAAAGGUCGACCACUUUUUAGAGAAUGAGGCUAAAGGCAAAUCAAUUGAGGGUGCAUACUCUGUUGAAGAGUUCGCAAACAAACUAAAAAAGCCGCGUCGUAUUAUGCUGUUAGUCAUGGCCGGGAAGCCAGUGGAUGAUUUUAUUGAAACAUUGCUGCCGUUCCUCGAACAGGGUGAUAUUAUAAUUGAUGGUGGUAACUCUCAUUUCCCCGACACUAACCGACGAACAAAAUACCUGGCCUCCUUAGGAAUCAGGUUCGUUGGUAGCGGAGUCUCUGGCGGAGAAGAAGGUGCAAGAUACGGUCCCUCGUUAAUGCCAGGAGGUAAUGAAGAAGCUUGGCCAUAUAUUAAAGACAUUAUGCAGAGUAUUGCCGCCAAAUCUGACGGUGAGCCAUGCUGUGAGUGGGUUGGAGAUGAAGGUGCUGGUCAUUACGUUAAAAUGGUACAUAAUGGCAUCGAGUAUGGUGACAUGCAAUUAAUUUGUGAGGCCUACGAUAUUAUGAAGCGAGCCCUUGGACUUUCUAACAGGGAAAUUGGUGACGUAUUCUCAAAAUGGAAUAGUGGAGUUUUGAAUUCUUUCCUCAUCGAAAUCACCCGAGAUAUUAUGUACUACAAUGAUGAUGAAACAGACGAGGUUCCAUUGCUCGAAAAAAUACUUGACUCUGCCGGACAGAAAGGUACCGGAAAAUGGACGGCCAUAAAUGCGUUAGACUUGGGAAUGCCUGUCACGCUCAUUGCUGAAGCCGUACUGUCUCGCUGCUUAUCUUCCAUCAAAGACGAACGGACUCGCGCAUCAAAAGUUCUUCACUAUGUUGGUAGAUCUAAUAAUUUUGAGGGAAACAAGGAACAAUUUUUAGAAGACCUUGAACAAGCUCUUUACGCCUCAAAGAUAAUUUCGUAUGCCCAAGGUUUUAUGCUUAUGCAAGAGGCUGCUAAAGAAUAUGGAUGGAAGCUUAACAAGCCAUCUAUCGCUCUUAUGUGGCGUGGCGGAUGUAUCAUCCGAUCUGUCUUCUUGAAAGAUAUUACUGCAGCUUAUCGAGCUAAUAACGACCUUGAGAACUUGUUGUUUAAUGAUUUUUUCAACAAAGCUAUUCACCAAGCACAACCGGGUUGGAGAGAUGUAGUCUCGAAGGCUGCUCUUCUCGGGAUUCCAACUCCCGCAUUCUCCACGGCUCUAUCUUGGUUUGACGGAUAUCGUACCAAAAAUCUACCUGCCAAUCUCCUCCAGGCUCAAAGAGACUACUUUGGCGCGCACACCUUUCAAAUAAAGCCAGAAUUUGCAAACGAGAAAUACAAAGUCGGUGAAAACAUUCAUGUGAAUUGGACUGGAAGGGGGGGAAAUGUUAGCGCUUCUACCUACCAAGCUUAA